GUGAAGAAAUCCAACGUUAAUACUGUUCAGUGACUUUAGUAUUCUUGAUGAAUGCUAUCCAAAUUCCCUGCUGUGCUUGAUUAUUAUGGUGGAAGAGGUGACUUAAUCUGUUUAUCUUUAAUGCCUAUACUGUCCCAGAAUAUCCACCUGAAACAGUUAUGCUACAUUCCACAUAAUAUAUUUAUAAAAUCGGAAAGUAGCUAACGUUUCAUUAAAUAUUACUGGUAAUGACACAAUGUUGCAGAAACAUAUACCUAGCUAACUGGCUGAGCCGUAUUGAAACAGCAUUUUCCACAGAUUACAAUCAGGGUUCGCUGUUGUUCAUUGUCACGUGCAAAGCGCUGCUAAAUUUGGAUAGCCAGCUAGCUAACCUAGCUAAAGCUACUUAUCCUAGGAAAAGUAAUUCAGUCGCUGCGACGAGUGAAAUGGACAUCCAGUGCCUAUAUUUUUUAUCGAUACGACACCAGCCUACGUACUUUAUGACAAAUCUGUUUACUUCCUAUUUAUUUUCCAUGUAGGAAGAAGAAAGGUAGUUAGCCAAAUAGUUAAGUGUCAGUACUUCGGGGAACGGACUCCAGCUUCCAUUGGCAUUAUUUGUCUUUUAAGGAGAGAUUGGAAACUUCACUCCAGUGGUUUUGCCUGGUUAAAAAAAUAAUUGGAGGACUAAGAUAAUUUAGAAAUCAACAUGUCGAUUUUGGGACUUAAAAAGAAACAACCAAAGACUUUCAAAGUCAAAGUUAUCACAAUGGAUGCUGAAAUGGAAUUCAGCUGUGAGGUAAAAUGGAAAGGGAAGGACUUGUUUGAUUUAGUGUGUCGGACCAUUGGACUAAGGGAAACUUGGUUCUUUGGCCUCAGGUACACCGUAAAAGACACUUAUGCUUGGCUUAAGCCUGACAAACGGGUUUUGGAUCAAGAUGUUCCUAAAGAUUCUCCUAUAACAUUUCAUUUUCUUGCCAAGUUCUUUCCUGAAAAGGUAGAGGAGGAGCUUGUUCAGGAAAUCACACAGCAUCUUUUCUUCUUACAAGUAAAGAAACAGAUACUUGAUGAAGAGAUCUUUUGCUCUCCAGAGGCAUCAGUCCUUCUGGCAUCAUAUGCUGUUCAAGCCAAGUAUGGGGACUAUGAUCCAAACUUCCACAAGCCAGGCUUCCUAGCCCAAGAUGAACUCUUACCUAAAAGAGUAUUAAUGCAGUAUCAGAUGACACCAGAGAUGUGGGAAGAGAAGAUCACAGCUUGGUAUGCUGAACACAGAAAUAUAGCAAGGGAUGAAGCUGAGAUGGAGUACCUGAAAAUAGCACAGGACCUUGAUAUGUAUGGUGUUAGCUAUUUCUCCAUCACACAAAACAAAAGGGACACUGAGCUCCUGCUUGGUGUGGAUGCACAGGGCCUUCAUAUCUACAGCCCUAAUAGCAAGCUGAACCCCAAAAAGUCUUUCCCUUGGAGUGGCAUUCGCAACAUUUCCUAUAGUGAGAAAGAGUUUACUAUUAAGCCAUUAGACAAAAAGAAGGAAGUAUUCAAAUUCUAUUCUUCACAACUCCGUGUCAACAAGCUGAUCUUACAGCUGUGCAUUGGGAACCAUGAUCUUUUCAUGAGGCGGAGGAAAGUGGACUCCAUAGAAGUGCAGCAAAUGAAGGCUCAGGCCAAAGAAGAGAAAGCCAGGAAAAAGAUGGAGCGUCAGAUUCUUGCACGUGAGAAGCAGUUAAGGGAAGAGGCUGAACGGGCUAAAGAGGAGAUGGAGCGACGUAUGUUUCAGUUGCAGGACGAGGCUCGUAUGGCAAACGAAGCACUGCUGCGUUCUGAGGAGACAGCCGACCUUCUUGCAGAGAAGGCGCAGAUUGCUGAGGAGGAGGCCAAGCUGCUGGCACACAAAGCAGCUGAGGCAGAGCAGGAGAGACAGAGGCUAGAGGUCACAGCUCUCAAGACCAAAGAGGAACAUAGGCUCAUGGAGCAGAAGAUGAGAGAGGCGGAGCAGCUGGCCGUAAAGCUGGUGGAGCAGUCUGAGAGGAGGUCAAAAGAGGCUGACCACUUAAAGCAGGACUUGAAUGAGGCCAAAGAUGCAGAGCGCAGGGCCAAACAAAAGCUCCUUGAGAUCACCAAAACAACAUACCCAUUGGUAGCUCCAUACUCGAACCCCCCUGCACCACCUGGUCCUGACAGCAUGGAGAUGCCAUUGGAGAUGGCCACAUCAUAUCGACUGGACUUCAAAGACUCUGACAUGAAGAGAUUGUCUAUGGAGAUUGAACGUGAACGUCUGGAGUAUAUGGAGAAGAGCAAGCACCUGCAGGAUCAGCUGAAGGAGCUGAAGUCUGAGAUUGAGUCUCUGAAGCUGGAGGAGCAGCAGCAGCAGCAGCAGGCAGGCCUGUACAACCUCAGGGGAUAUGCUGAGCCUCUAUAUGUUCCCCACAGCAAUCGUAACUCAUCUUACAUGGCUCAGAUGGCCUUCUUCGAAGAGGUGUGAAUGAACAGAGUAACUGCUGUUUUAAAGAGCAGGAAGGAGCUGGAGAUGUCAUCACUACAAUUUGAGGCAAUCGCCAGGACAUGUAACAGUAAUGAGCACGCACUCUUGCACAGCAAGCAUUGUAAAAAGUGCUUUAAAAAUGGUGUUACUGGCAGUUGUUACUUAAAUGCAAAUGUGUCAUGCACAGAUGAAGACUUUUAAGGUUUUACUGUAGCUAUGAAUAGCUUGUCCCUUCAAAUAAAUUAUUUCAUGUCUGCCUUGUAAAAUGUAUUAUAUCUAUUAUACAGGUAGGUUUGUUUGAGAAAAGGGAUGUUUUGAAAGGGGACCUUAUGUUACCCUUAAGAUUCAUUAAAUAACUUUAUAUAAAUUUGUAAAUAUUAGUAUUCAUAUUUGCAUCCUAAAGGAAAUUUAUCUAAUUAAAUCAGCACUCAGUAAAUAACAAAUUGCUGCAUUUUUGUCAAAUUGCUGAAUUUCAAGUACUUUGUCCCCUUGUGCUUUUUCAUAGCAGGAUUUACAUUAGUGUCCCAUUGAUUGGUAUAUUUCAGGG